AUGGAGAUUUCUGGAGUUUCCCCUAAUGAUCGUAACUUUAACGAGUUGAAGGCUUUCAAUGACACAAAAGCUGGUGUCAAAGGACUAGUUGAUGCCGGAAUUAAAAAAAUCCCCCAAAUGUUUAUUCGGACACCAGAUGAUCUAGAUGAUCAAGCAAAAGAUUUACCCGUUCAUGAUGAGAGUAUUGAGGUUCCCAUGAUAGACUUGGAUUGCUUGGAUCAGCGUCAUAAGGAUAUUAUCAAUGAAGUAAGGUGCGCAUCAAAGACUUGGGGUUUUUUCCAAUUGUCAAAUCAUGGAAUCCCUCUAAGUUUGACCAAGGAAAUGAUAGCAGGAGUUCAUAAAUUCCAUGAACAAGAUCUGGAAGUGAAAAAACAGUUCUACGCAAAAGACGGCAGUACAAAAGUGCAAUGCAACAUCAUUCUUGAUCUUUACAAAGGAAAAUCUGCUGAUUGGAGGGAUACCUUUCGAUGUCAAUUUUUAAGUCCUGACCCUAUUGAUCCCCAAGAGUUGCCGGACAGUUGCAGGGACACAAUGCUCGAUUAUGGGAAACGUAUCAUAAAUCUAGGAGAUACUCUUACUGAAUUAUUUUCAGAGGCUCUUGGGCUAAGCAAGAACCACCUCAAAAGCAUUGAAUGUAACCAAUGUUUGACCAUUAAUGGUAACUAUUAUCCAGCAUGCCCUGAACCUGAACUAACCUUAGGCACGAAGAAGCAUGUAGACCCAAUAUUCUUCACUAUUCUUCUCCAAGAUCAUAUUGGUGGACUGCAAAUUCUUCACCAAAAUCACUGGGUUAAUGUGAAGCCUAUCCCUGGUUCUUUAAUAGUAAAUAUUGGUGAUUUCCUACAGCUUAUCAGUAAUGACAAAUUUAAGAGCGUGGAGCAUCGUGUUCUUGCUAACCGCAUUGAAACAAGAGCAUCAGUUCCAUGUUUUUUCAAACCAAAUAACACAAGGUUGUAUGGCCCUAUAAAGGAGUUAUUCUCUGAAGAAAAUCCGCGUGUAUACAGAGAUACUACAUUUAAAGAAUACACCGAGCAUUUCCUUUCUAAAGGGCUUGGUGGUGAAUCUGCUCUAAACCAUUUCAAGGUCUGA